AUGCCAGACCCAACCGCCCAGGGGGGUGUAUCUCCUCGCUCCGCCUCGCAGACCUCGCAGCCAUCCCGGACAAGCACCAAGACGCACGACAUUGCGCCGAGCGCCGCCGCCUCUGGCAACACCCCCGACAUGUCCGACGACGAGUCGGUAGAUUCGUCGCCGCAUGAGCAUGGGUCCCCCGGCAAGUCAGAGUCGGAAGGCCCGCCCGGCGGCUCCUCUGAGACGCAUAGUAUGCCCCUACAGAAGCGCCGCCGCGUCACGAGAGCGUGCGACGAGUGCCGGAGGAAAAAGAUCAAGAACCCUGCACCGCAGUACAUCGAGGCCUUGGAGACGAGGCUCCAGCGCGCCGAGGCCCUGUUGCGCAAGUUCAUGCCCGAUGUUGACCUGACCGACCCAAACUUGGACCCGGCCGUCCAGCAAGAGUUCCGCAACCGGGAGCAGGCGAGGGUCCAGGCCAUGAAGAUCAAGAUGGAGGCAGCCAAGGAAAACGGGAACCAAGACGCCCAAAUCAUGUCCAUGAUCGAGACCAUUGGCCAGCUCGACAUCACCGACGGCGGCGAGUCCGACUUUCACGGUAUCUCCUCGGGUGCCGUUUUCCUCAGGCGGAUGAAGGAGCACUUCCAGGGGCUAUUGGGAAACGACUACCGCAUUCCCUUUCUUCCUCGGCCGUCUCGACCCGUUGGCAUGUUCAGUCUUGAUUCCCCGAGACCCAAUGCCGAUUCAGUCUGGGACAUUUCCGCGGUUCCGAACAUCAACGAGCUCCCGCCCAAGGAGAAGGUGCUCAAGCUCUGCCACUACGCUCUAAACUGCGCCACGUGCCUCUUGCGUGUCGUACACGCUCCUUCGUUUUACGACUCGCUCGACAGGCUCUACGACACGUCGCAGGAAUCAUGGGGAGGCGAGGACCGCAGGUUCUUGGGCCUGUUGUACUCGGUCAUGGCGCUUGGCUGCAUGUACAACGUGACCGAGGACCAACCCUCGAAUCCCCCUGUCACGUACAAAUCGGCGAUGGAAGAAGGUAUAAAAUACUACGCUUCUGCUCGGUUGAUUAUGCAAGACGUUGCGGAAUGCCGAGACAUGACCUCGCUGCAGGGGCUUGUGUUUAUGAUCCUCUUCCUACAGGCGACCUCCAACAUUAGCGGUUGCUACGCGUUCCUCGGCAUUGCUCUUCGCUCUGCCCUGCGCAUGGGCCUCCACCGCCAUUUGUCGCACGCCAAAAUAACACCCAUCGAAGACGAGACGAGACGGCGGGUAUUCCACGUCGUUCGGCACCUCGAUACAUAUGUAUCGGCUAUCCUGGGGUUUCCGCUGCUGCUUCACGAUGACGAUAUCGACCAGCCCGCGCCCACCGAGGUCGACGACGAGUUCAUUACGCGAACUGCCAUCCUGACGCCCCCGCCGGGCACUCCGUCCUUUUUCCAGGCCUUUAACGCGCACAACAAGCUCAUGGCGAUUUUAUCCAAAGUUGUCAAGCAUAUAUAUCCUCUCAAGGGGGUCGAGGAGUGUGUUAUGAAUGGCGAUCGCCCGAACGCAACUUACAUGAUCAGCUAUUCCCAGAUCAAGGAAAUCGAACGAGAGCUUCACGAAUGGUACGAGCAGCUUCCAGUGCACUGGAGGCCGAAUCCCGAUGGCCAUAUCGAAGUAAUACGAGUCCGGACGCUAUUACGAUUUGCUUAUGCGCAUGUUCAAAUGAUGCUCUACAGACCGUUCCUCCAUUACGUUUCGCCGCGGUUGACUGCGGGGAAAAAGAUUGAUGAUCGCUACUACAACUGCGCUGCGGCGGCCAUCAGUAUCUCCCGAAACAUCGUCCACAUCGGCAUAGAGAUAAAAAAGCAAGCCGUCUUGAUCGGGCCCUAUUGGUUCAUCCUAUAUGCGGAAUUUUUUGCCAUUCUGUCUCUGGUCUUCUAUGUCUUGGAGAACCCUGACAAGCCGGGGUCGUCGGAAAUUCUGGCGGACGCGCGAGCUGGCAGAGAUGUGAUUGCCAGUCUCGCACAGCGCAGUCUGGCCGCAGACCGCAUAACAAACGCGCUCAAUCCCCUAUUCGAGCAACUGCCGGAGCGUCUAAAAAAGGUGACGACGCGGCCGGUACCUACAAAGAAGAGAUCGCACCCAGUCCCCGGAUCGAAGACAGGAACCACGCCUCUACCAGCCCACCCUAGGCGGCAAGAUAGCAUUUCGCAGAGGAGGUCGGAUGAAAUGGCUCGCCCCAGCACGGGGGCCGGCCGAGGAGGAGGGCCGGCUCUCGGUCGCGGCGUGUCGUUUGACGCGAUGGGGCUACAGCAGAAUAAUGUAGCUGGGGCGAACUAUGGGUCUAAUUUCCACGAUAUUCUGCCGGCGGACGUGCUAAUGGUAGCGACGGGCUCUGACUCGAGCAACGCGUCUGGAACGGUGCACCGGCAGCUUCAAGGCCUCGCCCCAGCACAGGCGCCUGGCACCGCCGUCAACCCGUUGUACAAGCUAGAUGCCAUGAUGUUCCCCUCGAGCGAUCCGUUUGCCUACCCGAACCAGCCCUUGAUGGAGUCGGCCAACUCGCGGCAGGGUCGGGGAGGUUUCCAUGGCGGGGGAGGCCACGGGCAGGAUGGGAUGCAGUUUUACAUACCGAACAUGUACGACGACAUCGAGGGCCAAAUACUUGGGCCGGUUCCGCCGUACCUCCUGCAACAGAGUCCGAUUCACGCGGGGUUAGACCCUGCGUCGCAGAUGUACACGUCCAACCUGCUCACGGUGCAGCAGGAGCACGGUGCACGACAGCACCACGGCCACCACGGCCACAACAACCACCAACAGGGCCAGCACCCACAUGCGCAGCAGCUGGGCCAGCACCAAGAGAGGGAUGUCAUGGACGGCGUACUAGCGGACGCCGGCUUCCAGGGCGACUGGGAAGACAUCCUUGGCCAUGGACCAUACCGAUAG